AUGAAGCUCAGCAGUCUCGUUGCUUUUGCGGGGCUGUCGGCCCUCUCCGAGGCCAGCCCUAAGUCCCGGCCCAACUUUCUCUUCGUCUUCACAGAUGACCAAGACUUGACUAUGAAUUCCAUCGAGUACAUGCCCCACGUUAGCAGUCGCAUUCGAGACCAAGGGAUUGAUUUCACGAAUCACUUUGUUACUACCGCGCUUUGCUGUCCCUCACGCGUCAGCCUGUGGACGGGGAGGCAAGCCCAUAACACGAAUGUUACUGACGUCAGUCCACCGUACGGUGGGUAUCCCAAGUUCAUUUCGCAAGGCUUCAACGACGACUGGUUUCCCGUGUGGCUGCAAAAUGCCGGAUACAACACCUAUUACGUCGGCAAGCUAUUCAACGCCCACAGCGUUCAGACAUACAACAACCCAUUCGUCAAGGGAUUCAACGGCUCGGACUUCCUCCUAGACCCAUUCACAUACUCCUACUGGAAAUCAAGUUAUCAGCGCAAUCGCGAGCCCCCAAAGAGCUACGCCGGUCGGUAUACGACAGACGUCACGGAGGAAAAGGCACUCGGCUUCCUGGACGAUGCGUUGGAAGACAAGAAACACCCCUGGUUCUUAACCGUUGCCCCCAUCGCGCCGCAUUUCGAGCAAGACCCCGAUCGCACCGCUGGGACACCGCCGCAAGCACCGAUCCCAGCGCCUCGCCAUGCACAUCUCUUCCCUGAUACUCGCGUACCGCGCACGCCGUCCUUUAAUCCACUUAACCAAACCGGCCCCAGCUGGAUAAAAGACCUAAAGCGCCAAAAUCAAUCCGUUGUCGACUAUGAAGACUUCUUCUACCGCCAGCGUCUCCGCGCCCUGCAAGGUGUCGACGAAAUGGUUGACAAGCUUCUAAACCGCCUAGAGCGCAGUGGCCAGCUCAAUAACACCUAUGUGAUUUACAGCUCCGACAAUGGGUUUCAUAUCGGACAGCAUCGGCUCCCGCCUGGGAAAUCGACUUCCUAUGAGGAGGACAUUCGCGUGCCUUUUUUCGUGCGCGGACCGGGGAUCAAGCCCGGCCAGACGGACUCCCAAGUCACAACGCACAUUGACUUUGCUCCGACGAUAUUCGAGCUUCUCGGGUUACCAUUACGGAAGGACUUUGAUGGAACACCGAUGCGGAUUGCUAAAGAUAGUGCUGCUGUUGCACAUGAGCAUGUCACCGUGGAGUACUGGGGAGCUGCUGUGCUUGAAGGCGAUUAUGCGAAUCUCUCCCCCGAGAGCACAUACCGCAUGCCAAACAACACGUACAAAUCCGCGCGCAUCGUCAGCGAAAAGUACAACCUUUUCUACGCUGCCGACCCGCACCAAAUUCACAAUGUCUACACGUCCGCGCCCCAGCCCUUCAAAAAUCGGCUCGAUGCCCUCCUCCUCGUCCUGAAAUCCUGCGCCGGAAGCACAUGCAUCAAGCCGUGGGAUGAACUGCACCCCGACGGUUCAGUGCAGAGUCUCGUUGACGCGUUAGACCCGCAAUACGAUGAAUUCUACGCCGGAUUGCCGAGGGUAGCCUACUCGAUUUGUGAGGAUGGGUAUCUUAUUGCCGCGGAGGGGCCUCAGUGGAGUGGUGUAAGCUUGGAUAAAGAACUCUAG